GAGAAUAUAUAGAUCGAUUACGAAAAGAAUGAAAGGCACCGAUUGACAAUAGUACGGAAAAAAGUAGAAAAGCAAUCGCUAGCUUUGGCUUUCCACAAGCAACCAAUGCCACUCAUGUAAUCAGACAAACAAGCAUGAAGAAAGCUAUGUCUACCAGCUCGGAAGCCUCGGAUGUCCACAGUCGACGGGACCAUAGUACAAAUCGAAGUCCUCGAUUACUAUGUUCUAAGUUAGCCCUCUCCACUUCUCAGCACGCUCUUCGGGUCACCAAACCAUACUGCGGAGUCCCUGACUCCCUGUGAUCUUUGUCUUUAAAAACCAAGUGAUUUCUUCGUUGUUUUUCAUUGUCUUUUUCCCUGUCAAUUCUUGUAAGCUAUGGCUGGGAAAGGCCAGGGUCCGGCGAUUGGGAUCGAUUUGGGAACAAGCUACUCCUGUGUGGCAGUUUGGAAACAUAAUCGGGUGGAGAUCAUACCCAAUGAUCAUGGGAACCGAAAAACACCGUCUUUUGUAGCUUUCAAUGAGACUCACCGUUUGAUCGGUCAUGCGGCCAUGGACCAGGCAGCCAUGAACCCUACCGACACUAUUUAUGACUCUAAACGUUUGAUUGGACGGCAAUUCAGUGAUGCCUCAGUGCAAAAUGACAAGAAAUUGUGGCCAUUCAAGGUGAUUAAUGACCCUGAUAAUGGGAGGCCCAUUAUUGUUGUUACCUACAAGUACGAGGAAAAGCAGUUUCUGGCUGAAGAAAUUUCUUCAAUGAUUCUCAUAAAGAUGAAGGAGAUUGCAGAGGCUUAUUGUGGUUCAAAGAUCAAGAAUGCUGUUAUCUCUGUUCCUGCUCGUUUCAAUCACUCACAACGUCAAGCCACAAUGGAUGCUGGCGUCAUUGCGGGCCUAAAUGCGGUGCGUAUAAUCAAAGAGCCAAGUGCUGCUGCUUUAGCAUAUGGGCUUGACAAGGAGUAUGGUAGUACUGGUAAGAAGAAUGUGCUCAUCUUUGAUCUUGGUGGUGGCACGUUUGAUGUCUCGCUUAUCACUAUUGAUGAGGGCAUCUUUGAAGUGAAAGCUACCGCUGGUGAUACCCACUUGGGAGGUGAAGAUUUUGAUAACAGGAUGGUGAUCCAUUUCGUUCAGGAAUUCAAGAGGAAGCACAAUAAAAAUAUCAGUGGAAACCCCAGGGCUCUGAGAAGGUUGAGGACUGCUUGUGAGAGGGCUAAAAGGACUCUCUCAUCUACUGCUCAAACCACCAUUGAAAUUGAUUCUCUGUAUGAGGGUAUUGAUUUCUACUCGAAGAUUACCCAAGCGAGAUUUGAGGAGCUUAACAUGGACUUAUUCAGUAAGUGUAUGGAGCCUGUGGAGCAGUGUUUGAGGGAUGCUAAGAUGGACAAGAGCAGCGUCCAUGACGUGGUUCUAGUCGGUGGGUCUACUAGGAUCCCCAAGGUUCAGCAAUUGUUGCAGGACUUCUUCAAUGGGAAGGAGCUUUGCAAGAGCAUUAACCCUGACGAGGCGGUUGCCUAUGGCGCUGCUGUUCAGGCUGCAAUCCUUAGCGGUGAGGGUAAUGAGAAGGUGCAGGGCUUCUUGUUGCUGGAUGCCACUCCUCAUUCGCUUGGUUGGGAGGCUGCUGGAGGCGUCAUGUCUGUUUUGAUUCCAAGGAACACCCCCAUUCCCAUUAAGAAGGAGCAUGUUUUCUCAACCUACUCUGACAACGAGCCUGGUGUGCUGAUCCAGGUGUUCGAGGGUGAACGAAGCAGAACCCGCGAUAACAACUCGCUGGGCAAGUUCGAGUUAUCUAGCAUUCCUCCUGCUCCUAAGGGAGUUCCUCAAAUCCAUGUGUGCUUUUGCGUUGAUGCCAACGGUAUUUUGGAUGUCUCUGCCUCUGGAAAGAAGAUUGAAAUUACAUUCACCAAUAGGGGCCGGCUCUCCAAGGAAGAGAUUGAGAAGUUAGUGCAAGAGGCUAAGAGAUACGAGGCUGACGAUGAAAAGCAUAACAUGAAGAUCGAGACAAAGAAUGCACUGGAGAAGUACGCUUACAACAUGAGGAACACGUUUAAAGAUGAGUUGUUUUCAGCCAAGGUCCCAUCUGCUAACAGGAAGAAGAUUGAAGAUGCAAUUGAGCAGGCUAUCAAUUGGGUCGAACGGAACGAACUUGCUGAGGCAGAUGAAUUUGAAUUCAUGAUGAGAGAGCUGGAGAGCAUAUGCAACCCGGUCAUUGCCAAGAUUGAGAAGGGUGGAGCCACGCAAGAGGAUAAGGAGCCUGAGAAGGAGAUUAAGAACGAGGCGCACGAGGCUGAGAAGUACAUGGCUCAGGAUGUGGAGCACAAGAAGAAGGAGAUCGAGAAGAAGGUGAAGACGGCUGAGACCAUCCCCGAGGAUAGGGAGCAUCAGAAGAAGGUGGAGGCAAAGAAAGUAUUGGAAAAUUGUGCUUACUACAUGAGUUACAGAAUCAGAGAAGUGAAGAAUGCUUUGGCAAAGGCUGAAGAUGAAGUUGAGCAGACCAUCCACUGGCUUGAAAGGAACCAGCUUGUGGAGGCACACGAGUUUGAGAAUAGGACGAAGGAGCUGGAGGGUAUUUGUUACCCUUUCACGGCGAAGAUGUACCAAGGAGGAUAGUGAUAAGAGUUUAUAGAUUUUUUUAGCAUCCCACAGGCCUAUAAAAUUCUCCAUCUGUAAAUUUGUUUCUAACUUAUGAAGAAUGUUGCUGUAAUAUGGUUUUGGUUUAUAUAUAAAGGAUCCGCAAUGCUUACAA